GCGGUGGAAUCGUCAAUCGCGACGCAAGACGAGGAGAACGAGGGGGAUUGGCGAGAGAAUUGGGGUCAGGAGAAACAGAGAAGGCUAUUUUCUGCAAGAAGAUACAAAACUGGGUCACGGCAUACGGGCGUUGGAACUGGGUGGCAGUGGUGGGCUUAGGUUGAUAAGAGAUGUCUAGCCGCAAUUCAUCAAGACUUAGUGAGGAUGGACCGAGAAAGCGCAGCAGCAACUCCGUUGAGGCUGUGGCGCUGUUCCCAAGGCUGCAUGUUAGCCAUGCUCAGAACACUGGUCCAGGUAGUGGACCACGUGCACCUCCCAGGAACAAAAUGGCUCUUUAUGAGCAAAUCACUUUGCCCUCGAAGCGUUCAUUCUCUACGCUCAUGUCCUCAUCAGCCAGUAUGGGAGGAAGCCUGCAUGGGCAUUAUAACCAGCCUACGGCCGCAUCCCCGGCUCAAGGACAUGGCGUUGCCUCUGCGUCCCAGUGGGUUUGGAGUUCGCAUCUUGAGUCUCCUGCUCACCACAUGUUGCAUAAAGGGGACCAAACUUCUGUAGCGAUGAUGGGAAAGCGUCGCCAAUUGGGAAGUGAUCUGUUCCAGCAGGGACCGAUGCCAACGGCUAAUGCUAGCCCUUACUACUCCAUUUGCACUCCACCAAUCUAUCGACCUUUCCAUCCUCCUCAGGCCCACCCUCAUCUCCAGCCUUUGCCGUUCCUCGUCCCAUUUAAUGGCAGCGAUGGCAUGUAUCACCACCCGAUUCAAGCACCAAGCAGUGCAAACAGUGCUGUGGAAAGUGAUCUUGUGGAGCUUCAGAGGGUUCCUGGGAUGCCAUCUGUACCACCCGCAUUGGCAGGACCUGUACAAGGAAUAGUGCCAUCUCAGCCAGCUCGGCCAGUGAUGGAUCAUGGAGCGCAAAAAACUGCUCGUCAAGAUCAGGGUGUGGCCACAGGAUCGGCUGCCUUUGUGUCAGGAAAUAAAUCAUUUUCCAUAUCGCAGCCUGUCAGGAAGAGUCAGGAGGCAGCUGGGAUGGCAAGUGGUGUGCGAUAUGGUGAAAGUCGGAGAGAGCGAACACCUGUUGCUCCUAGAGGGAAGGGAGCAGGCUUUAAGGCAGGGACAUCAAGUACAUCGAAGAGAAGAGCGACAAGAGAAGAGGAAGAUGGCUGCGUUGUUCCGAGCAUAGAAACGCCGUCUUGCAGAAGCAGAGGCGGGCGAACAACAGCCACUUCGGCAGUAGGUACAAUUGCUACAAGUGUUUCAGGAUAUGCAGGUGGAGUUGUCUCAAAUGUGCAGCAGGUGCAGCGACCAAAUGUAGCGGGGCAGUCAAAUGAGCUGGCAGCAGGAGAUGGACCUCUGGCCGUGCAUGCGUCUGGAGACACUUCCAAGCAGACAUCAUCUAGACAAGCCGCAGUUGGCACUGGUGUUGGGCGAGCUUGGCAGCGUCUGGCAAAUGAGCAGUGUGAAGGAGAUGUACGCCCCCCAGGUAUUGUCCCAGUUGGCAUUGACCCAGCUGUGGAGAGAAUGCAAGAUUCUGAUUGCACUUUGGUAAAGCGCACAAACGUCUUGCCCAGGCAUAUGUCUUCUUCCCCAAACAGAGUAGACAUGGUUUGUUCUCCAAGUGAAGAUAACUACUUACCUUUGACGGAAGAUGAUGACGAGGAUAAAACGACACGAGUAGUUCCUACCGGGAGAAUUUCAGCCACCAACGCAGGGUGUUCUGAGCCCACAACCGAUGUCGAUGACAGGAGCAUGGACAGAAUGGAAGGCAAAGUAAAAUACUCUGCGGUCCAGAGAGAAGGGAAUGGAGAGGAAGAGGAUCCGCUGCACAAGAACAAGAAAAAGAAAAGAGACAUUAGUGCAGACGAAAGGAGCGGCAGUGAUGAUGAAGAGAACUCAUCUCGCAGUCGCCAGCUGCCCUCAGCGAUCCCCUGGGAUGACGAUGAAGAUGACGUCAUGGGCAAUGGCGUUGACGGAGAUGCACAGAAUAAGGAGUGCUGCGUAAUCAUGCCCAUGGAUGUUGUGAAGGUGAUUGGCCAGAAGGGCUUCUGGGAUCUCCGAAAGACCAUACUGAGGCAGCAGAGGAUCUUCUCUUCCCAGGUGGCCGAGCUUCACAGAGUUGUGAAGGCCCUUCAGGACCUUGCCGCCAAGCGGGAAGAAGCAGGUGGCAGCUCCACAGCAGGGGGAGCUCCUGCGGGUGAGGCUCAAGGAGGAGGCGGAGAGACAGGCACAAGAAUGGGAGGAGGAGAGGGAGGACGCAGAGCAGGCGAAACGUCUGAGGAGACCCCGAAGGGGCCGACGACCAGCGAGAGUAUCCAUACGCCGCCACUGCCAUUGCAACCCCCAUAAGUCACACCACUUUUCUGCGAAGCUAACCUUUGAAACAACAGUUUGCAUGGAGUCCCUAGGAAGACGUGAAAUAGGUUCGAUCGCACAGCCAUGGUCUCUAGCUAAACAGAUGGAUGGAUGGACGAAUGGGUGUGAAUUAAUGACAUCAGGGUGGAUUGGGAUGGAUUCCGUGACCCUUGAAUGAGGAUUCCCCUGGCUAUCCUCCAUAAAAGGUAAGAAUGAAUUCGGAAUUCUAGC